AUGGGUGAUUAAAUUGAGAUUAACCUAUAAAAUUUUAACGAUGAUAGCCUUUAAAAGAUCUAAUAAAGCCAAAAUAUAGCUCAUCAUCAUCAUUAAUCCAAGUUGAGAAAUGUUUUGUUUGAUUUCCAAGAACUAGAAAACGUGCAAAGAGAUAAAUAACAAUCUAGGAAUUAAAUUAAACAUAUUAGUCUAUUGAAACCCAGAAGUGUUAGCAAUCAAGAUUACACAAGACCUAAAAACGUUUUCUCCAGAGAUUCAAUUAAUUCUAUAGAUACUUAUGUGUCUAAUACGACUUUAAAUUCAAAUAGCUUAGCGAAUCACAACAAAAAUUUAGACAUUUUUGAUCUACUAAAAGAAACAGACUGCAGCUUUUAGAAGAAUAAUAGGCUUCAUAGCAACUCUAACCGAGUACCAUUCAAUAACGAAAGCUAAGUUAGACUAAAUAAGCUACCAAGCAUACUGAAAGACUCUUCAAAUUAACUCAGCUAGAACAGUUGUGCACUCAAAUAAAGCUAGAAUAAUCAAAAUGUUUAACUAAAACAGUAUAUUCUUGACUAUUAAGUGUAGCCUACAAAUAAUUAACAAAACAACGAAAAUAAAUACAAUUCAUCAUUUUUGAGGAACAAAUGCUUUAAAAAUUAUAGCUACUCAAGGCAAUAUUAAUAAUGCAAGUAAAAGCAGUACUACUUAAAAGCAGUAGAAAAAUCAACUUUUUUGCAACCAAGCUUGAAUAUCACUAAUGCAGAAAACGAAAACAGAGCACCUGAUUAAGAUAUAAGUGUAAGUAGCAUAAAUAACAUAACUUUAAAUGAAUCUAACAAAAGCCAGAAAAAAGUAAACUUUAUAUCUUACAAUUCUUACAUCAAAAUCUGA